AUUGACUUGUGUCCAGUUUGAAACUUGAUUAAAGUUCAGUGAAUCUCAUAAAAUAAUAAAAUCCAAAUGAUUAGUUUUCAAAUUCCUCUUGACGGUGAAGUUGAUAAAGAGAGAAAUCGAUAUCUAAUCAAUUCGGUUAAUUAUCAUAGUUUUGCAUCUGAUAAAUUUAAUAAUUAAUAAUUACUGAGAGAAAAAUGUUCUUGAUGAAAGUUAAUUUUAUUUCCAUUGUUAUUUUUUUCUUAUGUUUUCAAUACUUUCAAUGUAAAUCGAUCCAAAUGAACGAUCAAAGUGAUUACAAUGUUUCAAUUGUUUCUAAUCGGAUUAACGAUUUAGGCGAAGGACCUUUUUAUGAACCAACCAGUGACUCUCUUUAUUAUGUUGAUGCAUUCAAAGGAACGAUAGUCCAUUCAUCUCUGAAUGGAACACCGGAAGAUGUUCAUGUUCUUGGAAAUAAACUCGUUUCUUUGGUGAUUCCAUUUUCAGAAGAUGAGUCGAGUUUCAUUGUAACGGUGAGAUCGUCAGUCGCCAAGUAUAAUUGGAAGACCAGAAAUGUCCAGACCUUAUCAUCUUUGGGUGUUCACCCUGCUGGAGAUGAGAGAUUCAAUGAUGGUGCAUGCGAUUCAGCGGGUCGACUGUUUAUCGGCUCAGUGGUUGAAUCUACUGAUGCAGCAUCGCCAUUGGUUAAAGGUGGUGGGUCAAUUUAUCGACUUGAUGGUAAUCGCUUGAUCAAAGUGGCCUCAGGUUUUACACUUUCCAAUGGAAUGGACUGGUCAGUCAAUGGAACAAGUUUUUACUUUAAUGACUCCGAAGACCAGAAGAUUUAUAUCUUUGAUUACAAUUCAGAAUCAGGAACAUUGACCAAUAAAAGGAUUUUCGUUGAUCUUAAAAAUCACACUGAUUUUGUGUCCAAUGAAUAUCCUGAUGGUCUGAUGGUCGAUGCCAAUGACUACAUUUGGACUGCUCUUUAUGGCGGAGGUCGAUUGGUCAAGAUUAACCCGAAAACGUCCAGAGUUGAAUCAUCGAUUAGAGUUCCAGCCAGCAAGGUAACUUCAUUGACCUUUGGUGGACCAAACCUCGAUAAAAUAUACGUAACAUCAUCUCAAUCUCAAUCUGAACCCGAUUCUGGUAAAAUUUAUUUGAUCAAAUCAAAAACCAACCAAUUGUUGGGUAAAGGAUUUGCUUAUAAAUUUGUUUCCUCGUAAAUCACACGACACCAAUAAAUUAAAUUGUAACAGAAAUUAGUAGACAUUAGAAGCCUAAAUGAUAAUAAUAAAAUGCUUAUUUAUAGUUUAUUGA